UUCCAUCGCUACUGAUUGAAUAUAGUAGCAUGGAUCUGACAAAUAGUGUAGUGUGGUUCGCAAUAGCUCUUGUGUUCAUUAUUGCAGUAACCGCCAAGAUUGCAAUAGGAAGAACCACGUUUGAUCCAAUAUGCAAUAGGCCACGUCCACCUCUGGUGAAUAGUGGUUCUCUCAUAAAACUUUUACUUACGAAGGGCCCACAAGCUAUGAUCCAUGAUCAACAUAAAAAACUUGGGAGCGUGUUCACAGUAAGUUUCUUUGGACUUAAGGUAACAUUCCUUGUCGGGCCAGAGGCCUCAGGUCAUUUUUACCAAGGACUGGAAUCAGAGAUUAGUCAUGGUAAUACAUUCGAGUUCCUGGUGCCCAUUUUUGGCAAAGAGGUUGGCUAUGGUGCAGAUAUCCCCACCCGAACUGAGCAGAUGCACUUCUAUAAUGAGGCACUAAAACUGUCAAAGCGGAGGAGCAACGUUGAUCCCAUGGUUAAAGAAGUGGAGGACUACUUUUCAAAAUGGGGAGAGCAUGGUGUAGUUGACUUAAAACAUGAGUUUGAGAAAUUAAUCAUGCUAGUCUCAAGCCGGUGCCUCCUCGGGAAGGAGGUUCGAGAGAAGAUGUUCGGCGAGGUCUAUAUGCUAUUUCGUGAGCUCUACAAUGGGAUGCACCUAACUAGUGUACUGUUCCCAUACGCCCCAUCUCCAGUGAACCGUAGGCGUGACAGAGCACGCAUCAAGCUCUCAAAAAUACUCAUCGAUAUUGUGAGGUCCCGCAAGGCAGCCUCCGAUCAGGUCGAAAGGGACGUGCUGCAGAACUUGAUAGAUUCAAAGUACAAGGAUGGCCGUAGCACAACUGAAGAAGAGGUCACCGGGCUUAUCAUAAUGCUGCUCUUUGGUGGAAACCACACAAGUUCCGUCACCAGCACAUGGACUGGAGCUUACCUGCUCAGCCACGAAAGUUGUCUGACAGCUGUGGUGGAAGAGCAAAAGAAGAUCAUCAGAAAGUAUGGGAACCAUAUAGACUACAACGUCUUGCAAGAGAUGAACACCCUCCAUUGCUGCAUCAAGGAAACACUACGGAUGCACCCUGUACAACCAAUAAAUCUUCGCAAGGUGCACAAGAACUUUACUGUACAGACCAGAGAAGGCAACGAGUAUGAGAUUCCAAGAGGCCAUACCAUAGCAAGUCCAGUACUCUAUAACAACAGCCUACCUCACAUUUACAAGGACCCUGAUGCGUAUGACCCUGACCGUUUUAGUCUGGGAAGGGAGGAGGACAGAGUUGGUGGUACGUUCUCAUACACGUCCUUUGGCGGUGGAAGGCAUAGAUGUGUUGGUGAGGCUUAUGCCUAUAUGCAAAUUAAGGUGAUAUGGAGCCAUUUGCUGAGAAAUUUUGAGCUCAAGUUGGUAACUCCUUUCCCAAAGACGAAUUGGAGCAAGCUAGUGCCGGAGCCCAAAGGGAAAGUAAUGGUGAGUUUUAAAAGAGUCGCUGCGGCCUAACUACUAGCACCAUGAUGGUCAAGUAAUUAGUACGUAUUUGUGUGUAAAUCAUAUGCAUGCAUUUAUAUGUGUUUAUGUUUGUACUCUCUCUAGUAAAGCAGUGUCGCUUUCUUCUGUGGUGCAGUCAACCAUUUCAAACUUGAUUAUCAAUUACUUUUAUGCGUUGAGCUUAGACAUAUGAGAAUGAUAACGACACUCGAAGCAAGAGGUGGUG